CAAUAUUUUUGUCUAUUUUCAGAAAUACUCUUCCCCGUAUUGGAUAUAACUAGGUUAGCAGUUAGAAACAAGGAUAUCAAUGGGCAAAUAUUCGACACGACGUACGGCCCGAUGUUCGUCAAAUAUCUUCUGUCUUUAUUAGCGCCAGAUAACCUGCCAGCGAACCAGAUGUUAGCGAUGCGAGUUUUAGUGAACGCUUUCAGCGACCUGCCUGGAGAGAUGCUGGUGCUUGCUGCGAGAGACAGCCUCGUGCAUUGUAUCAUAUGCCUGCAGCAGAUGAACAAUAACGCGCAGAUCGCAGCAGCCUCCCUACUCCUGAAUCUGUGCGUAGCGUUGGCGGCGCAGUUGGACACGGCCGAGCUGGCCGACUGCCUCGUGGCCGUGCUGCCGCGACUGCACGACAACGAGGCCUACUUCCGGGCCCUCGUAGCACUAGGCACUCUGCUGGCCGAGACUCCCAACAAGCUCGUCAUCCAAACCAAGGUGGUAUCCAGCGCACCUCUACACAACCGCCUGAAGCGAGACGCCGCGUCGUCCGACGCCGCCAUAAGGAAGCUGACGGUGGCCUCACAACAGCUGCUGCGACUGUUAUAGUGCAUUUAGUAAUAGUGGCUCUCGAGAGAGGUAUUUUCGAAGCGUUCGAAUCGAAUCUUGCGCUCGGCUGGGGACAAAUCGCGUGCGUAUUGUGGAAUCGACGUUGAAGAAUAGGGGGUCGAACACAAGUCAAUUGAAAUACUUUUUAUGAACUGACAAAUAGCAGUUUCUCCAAAGUUUAUUGAAAUAUCCACAUUUAACAGCACUUGGAGAUUUUGGUUAUCAAAGUGCUGUUAAAUGACUAAUGAUUUGAAUGAUGAUUUAAAUAGCAACUAAAAUAAAAUGCUUUUAUAAGUUCGUUCAAAUAAUUAUUUGUAUAUGUUGGCCGAUCCCCUAUUCACAAAUUGGCUUUUGAAAAAUAUCUUAUUGAAAUUCGUAUGCUAAUCAUGCGCAUUCGAUUUGGAAUUCGAAUGUUUCAAAAAUACGUUCCCAGUUUUGAUUCGUUCCCAUAUUUGGAUGAACAGUUUUGAUUCCUAUUGGCCUUUUUUAUCGUGUGGUUUGUUGUCGGGUAUCGAUCGGCUGAAACGGAAUUUUUCGAUACUCAUUGGUUGUAUAAAGACCAAUAGGAAUCACUGAAAUUAAUGACACUUUAAUACUUCCAGAAGAAUCACAA